GAACAUAUGAUUUAUUAGACAAUAAAUGUAUACUUUCAAAUAAUACAAAUGAAACAUGGCCUUCAAAGAAAUGAAACGUUUUCUCUUGUUGGCAAUUUAUUGCUCAGUAUUAAUACAAAUUGAUGGAUACAAUAUUGAAACGCAUUCCGAUACAUUGAAAUCGUUUGUGCAUCAAAUUCGUGAAGACGAUGUGGUUUCGGAAAUAGGUGAUAAGCGAUUUUUUGGAUAUACGUUUGAAACCGGGAGAAUCAACAUUGAAGAACAGGAUAUAGUGUCUAUGAUGAUUGCAGCCCCAUUAGAACAUGUGUUAGCAGACACAACAACAGAGGAGCCUGACGGGAAUGGCGAAGCAAUACCGGUGCUAAAAGCAGCAGUCACUUACACCAAAUCUACAGGAGUUUUAUAUAACUGUGGUAUGAUGGUGAAUAAUUUUCAAAAUAUGUCUACAUCUAUAAAUGUUCUGAACUGUAGCAAUAAGCAACCGUUUCAACGAUCAUUGUCAGGAUUUGAUCUUGCUGAUAAUGAUACACUUGGAAUAUCGAUGACUUCGGAUAGUAGCAAAUCAGCAAAAAUUACAUCAGACAUGCCUAAGGACCGAAUGGUGGCUUGUGCCCACCUUCGGGCUCACAACUGCGGUGAAUCAUACAAAGCUGAAGGUACAUGUUAUGUUUCAAACGUGGAACCUGGACGUGGGGAUGGACGAUAUUCUGUCGAAUGGAAUGAAAAAACACCAUGCAGACAAAGCUGUUUUGAAAAAAGCAUAGACUUGAUGUUUCUUGUGGAUGGAUCUGAAUCAAUAACGAAAAAAAGAUUCGAAACUGUUAAAGAUUGGGUCAUAGAUGUAGCUGCUGGAUUUGAUAUAAGCGAAGAAGUACAAAUUGGAGUGGUGCAAUAUUCUCACUGGUGGAGAGAUAGGAAGAAUCAGAAAUGGUUAAGAACCGAAAUACCACUCGGUGAACACCAUGAUCAUGCUUCAUUUGCAAAGGCUGUUCGAAAUAUAUCGUAUCAUGGCUUUACAACAUACACUGCGCAUGCAAUCGAAAAAACUGUUCGGGACGAUUUCAAUGGACUAAGAAGCCGAUAUCCACAAGCAAGAAGAGUUAUGAUUCUUCUCACUGAUGGGAACUCUACAGAUAAAGAGAGUUUGCCUUCAGCAGUCAGGUAUGCAGAAUCAGAAGGUGUGACGUCAUUUGCUGUCGGGGUUAAAGGUUACGUGCUAGGCGAACUGGAACUCAUUGCCGGAGCGCGGGAAAGAGUAAUCACCGUAGAUGAUUUUGAUCAACUUUUGGGAAUCGUAUCAAGAAUUCAGCAGGGAAUACAAGUUAUGGAAGGAAAUACCAACAGCAACAUUACAAAUGAUUUGAUGCAAUGCCAGGCAGGAAUUUCAUCCGACCUCUCUCUUGUAAGUAUUCAAGCCAACAAGGCAUCACUGGGCAGUAAUUUCCCUAUUCCCUAAAUUGGGAAACAUCCUUCUUAAAUGAAAAGAUAGGGAGCAUGCUGCCACUGGGCCUCGUUUAAAACAUUGG